AUGGCGGACCGGCAGUCGGUGCAGCACAGCCUUAACAGCCUGCUCUCUAAACUGAGCGACCCUGACCCGGACAUGCGAUACAUGUCGCUAAAUGAUCUACUUGGCAUUUUAAAUAAUCCUAAUUCCACCUAUCUGGCUCAUGACCAAGUCUCCUCAUCAAGACUGGCUGAGGGCUUGUUGAAGGCCUUGGAUGACCAACAUGGCGAUGUCCAGAAUCAAGCUCUGAAAUGUCUUGGCCCUCUUGUCCUUCGACUGCCCUUCGAAAGCCUUGCAUCUCUUCUCGAAAAGCUCACAAACCUGACAGCCUCGCAAACCAUUGACACAUCCGUUCCGAAUACUGCUCUGAGAUACAUUGUGACAGCUCUUCCUCGGCCGCAGCCGGGUCAGCCUCCAAGUCAGGAGGCGACAAUGGCAUAUUCGGCCGUCUCUCGCGUCCUCAUUCCCCGCUUGACUGGCCCGACUCCAUCCCCUACUAGUCGGCGUGGCUCGAUCGUCAAGGGCAUGUUGGAGAAGGAUCCUUCAAAGGGCUUCAGUAGUGAUGCUAUUGAUGUACUCAUUCAGGUUGUCACUUGCUUUGGCCCCCUGCUGAAAGAGCCCGAAUUGACGGCCUUGCAAAACUCCGUCCUGUCUAUCGUUGACAACGAUACAGCUGGCACCGUGGUCACGAAAAGGGCUCUGACGGCCAUAUCCGCCCUUGUGCUCCACUUCUCCGAUGCUCAACUUAGCGCUUUUGUCCAGGGGCUGGUCCAAAGAUUCAACUCCCCACAACUUAGUACAGUCCAUCGGCGUCACCUCAUUGCCACUGUCGGUGGUGUAGCGAAAAGUGCCCCGGCCAAGUUUGGUCCUCAUCUUCCUACACUAGCCCCUUAUGUCUUUGCUGCUGUUGGCGAGGAUAACUUAGCACAAGUAAAAAGGCCCGGUCGUCUAAGCUGUUCUGCUACCUUGCAACCAUCUUCUUCUUUUCUCCCACAGCAUAUCUCAUCAACUGUACAAGUCUCUACUCACUGUCUCCAUUACUCUACAGUUUACUCUGAAUUACAUCUUAUCAAAAUAUACUAUCUCAAAAUGCACAUGCUUCGCUUGGUUGUUUCUGGGCUUGGUCUUGUGGCAUGUACGGCUGCGCGCAACAUCUUCAGUUUGCAGCCUAACCGUCAAGGAACUCAUCUUCUGCCCCUUACUCACGGAGAUGCUCCUGAUCACAAGCUUGUCGAGCGUGGUUCUAGUCCCCGCUGUGGCCCUGAUCAUGGCAAGUGUCCUGAGGGUAAAUGCUGCUCAACUGCUGGUAACCACUGCAGCUCUCCUGACUGUCAGAUCGACUUCGGUAAUUGCGACGCUCACACAACUCCAGGAGGCCCUCCUACGGACAAGAUUCCUCGGCCUCAUGUAGGCAACGUACCCUAUGGCCCAAAAUUCAUUCGGUCCUGUACCACUCCAGGAACCAUCGCCCUGACCUUUGAUGAUGGCCCCAAGGAAUAUACUCAGGACCUUCUCGACCUCCUUGACAAAUAUGAAGCAAAAGUGACAUUCUUUGUGACAGGAAAUAACAAUGCCAAGGGCGAGAUUGAUAGUCCUGGGAUGCCUUGGGCAUCUUUGAUUCAACGCAUGUAUCGCAUUGGCCACCAAGUUGCCAGCCAUACUUGGUCACAUCAAGACCUUAGUAAAGUCACGCAAGAUCAGCGCCGGGUUCAGCUGCUGUGGAACGAAGUUGCUCUACGCAACAUUUUGGGAACAAUCCCCACUUACAUGCGUCCUCCGUAUUCCAGCUGUACCGCGGAGUCAGGCUGUCUGGAAGAUCUUGGCUCGCUUGGAUAUCAUGUCAUCCUGUACGAUAUCGACACUGAAGAUUACAGUCAUGAUAGCCCGGCUCUGAUCCAACAAUCCAAGGACAUUUUCGAUCGCAACUUGGCCUCUCGGACGGAUUUUGAUAGGCCUUGGCUCGUCAUCGCUCACGAUGUCCAUGAACAAACGGUCCACAACCUCACCGAGUACAUGUUGAAGAAGCUUAUCGCAGAGGGCUACCGCGCCGUGACGGUUGGCGAGUGCCUGGGUGAUCCGCCUGAGCUCUGGUAUCGUAAGGACGAGGCCUUCGACGAUCGACAAACGCGAAAGUCUAAAUCCAAGAAUGAUGUUGCCAAAACUGUAUCAGUUGAUGGCAUGUGUGGUGGAAACAUCACCUGUCUUGGGUCGCGGUUCGGCCCUUGCUGCAGUGGCACUGGUUUCUGUGGCAGCAUGUCUACAUUUUGCGGUUCUGGAUGUCGACCUGAUAAUGGCGGUGGUGCCCCCAAUGCUGGUUCUGGUAAACCAACGAAGCCGGCGAAGUCAGAAGGGAAGGCUUUGCAGCUAAGCUCGUCGGUGGCAAUUGUGAUAUUGUUAUUCCUUGUGGUGUUGAUGGAUUAA